AUGCCUAAACUCCUGCAAGGUAUUGUCACUGUCAUCGAAGUUUUCUACCAAUACGCCACUGAGUAUGGGAAAUGUGACAUGCUGAGCCCAAAAGAGAUGAAAGAACUUCUAGAAAAUGAGUUUCGCCAAAUUCUAAAGAAUCCAGAUGAUCCAGACACGGUAGAAAUCAUCAUGCAAAGUCUGGAUCGAGAUCAUAACAACAAAGUGGACUUUACUGAGUAUCUUCUCAUGAUAGUCAAGCUAUCUCAGGCUUGUAACAAAAUUAUUGGCAGAGAUUACUGCCAAGCUUCAGGGUCAAAGCAAAGAAAUCACAGUCACCAGCAACAAAAGGAACAGAGUGAAGAAGAAAACGACGACAAAGAGCAGGAUGCCUCUUCAAGUUCUUCAAGUUUUAGUGCAGGAGAGAAUGAUGCUUAUUCUAGGGAUUCAAGAGGAAGAAAUCAACACAAAUCUGAGUCAAAAUGUAGAAAACCAAGGAAUGGGAACCAACAAGGUUCUGAAGAAAGAACAACUUCAAGUCACUUCAAAAACAGUGAGAAAUAUGAACAGGGACAACAUGGAUCAGAAACAACCCACAUGCCUAGGGAGAGCAGAAGAUGUAAUUCAAAGGAAUCUUCUGGCUACCUUCAACAUGGCUCUGGCUCAGGACAGUCGGCUGGCAAGAGUAAAAAGGGUUCUGGCCAACACCAGCACUAUGGUAAUAAAAACCAUGAUAUACAACCAAGAGAAUCAUCAGGUUGUGAAGGAGGGCAGUCAUCAAGGUCCGGGACACAGAACUCAGGAUCAAGCCAGUCAUCUAGCCAGAAGAGAAAUAACUUUGGGUCAGGAGAGUCUUCUAGUGUAGGUGAAUAUGGCGCUUCUUCUGGAGAGCAGUCAGGAUUUAUAGGAAAUAGAUCAGGACAAGGACAGUCUUCUGGAAGUACACAUAAUGGCACAACAUCAAGACAGUCAUCAAAGUGGAAGUCACCUUCCUCAGAAAAGCAUGGAUCAACGCAACGUAAUUCAUCAAGCCAAGAAAGGAACAGGUCUAGCUCAAGGGAGUCUUGUGGCUCCCAACAAUCUGGGCCUGGCUCAGGAGGGUCUUCUGGCUUUAGUCAACAUGGAUCUGGGCAAGGUCAGUCUUCUGAUGGUAGCCAACAGGGUUCCUUCUCUGGACAUGGACAACAUGGCUCAGGUUAUACUCAGUCAUCCAGCUAUGGGACACACAACUCAGGGGCAAGUCAGUCUUCUAGCCACAGUACAAGUGGAUCUAGGUCAGGACAGUCUUGUGGCUCAGGGAAAUAUGGUUCUGCAUCUGGAAACUCUGCUGGCUCUGGUAGGCAAGGAUCUGGACAAGGUCAUUCUUCUCAUAGUACACAGUGUGGAACAUCAUCAAGACAGUCAUUGAGCCAUGAAAGAAACAGAUCUAGCUCAAGGGAGUCUUGUGGCUCCCAACAAUCUGGGUCUGGCUCAGGAGGGUCUUCUGGCUUUAGUCAACAUGCAUCUGGCCAAGGUCAGUCUUCUGGUGGUAGCCAACAGGGUUCCUUCUCUGGACAGUCAGGAGGUAGUCAUCAGCACAGCUCUUCCUGUGGUCAUUCCACUAGCCAUGGUCAGCAUGGCACUGGCUCUGUUCAGUCUUCCAGCAGUGGGACACACAAGUCAGGUUCAAGUCAAUCUUCUAGACAGAGCAGAAGUGGCUCUGGGUCUGGACAGUCUUCUCAUUUAGGGGAAUAUGGUUCUACAUCGGGACACUCUUCUGGCUCCACAGGGCAAGGAUAUGGGCAAGGACAGUCAUCUGGUACUGGACAAUGUGGUACUUCUUCAGGACAUUCAUCAAGCGGCAGCUCAGGUCAGUCCACUACCUAUGGCAAGCAUGGAUCAGGAGUGAGCCAGUCUUCCAGAAACAGCAGUAGCAGAUCAAGCUCUAGGGAGUCUUGCAGCUCCCAGAACUAUGGGUCUGGCACAGGAGGGUCUUCUGGCUUUAGUCAACAUGCAUCUGGGCAAGGUCAGUCUUCUGGUGGUAGCCAACAGGGUUCCUUCUCUGGACAUGGACAACAUGGCUCUAGUUAUGGUCAGUCAUCCAGCUAUGGGACACACAACUCAGGGGCAAGUCAGUCUUCUAGCCAGCGUACAAGUGGAUCUAGGUCAGGACAGUCUUGUGGCUCAGGGAAAUAUGGUUCUGCAUCUGGAAACUCUUCUGGCUCUGGUAUGCAAGGAUCUGGACAAGGUCAUUCUUCUGGUAAUACACAGCGUGGCACAACAUCAAGACAGUCAUCAAGCUUUGGCUCAGGUCAGUCCUCUCACUCUGGCAAGCAUGGAUCAACUUCACGUCAUUCAUCGAGCCAAGAAAGGAACAGGUCUAGCUCAAGGGAGUCUUGUGGCUCCCAACAAUCUGGGUCUGGCUCAGGAGGGACUUCUGGCUUUAAUCAACAUGCAUCUGGCCAAGGUCAGUCUUCUGGUGGUAGCCAACAGGGUUCCUUCUCUGGACAGUCAGGAGGUAGUCAUCAGCACAGCUCUUCCUGUGGUCAUUCCACUAGCUAUGGUCAGCAUGGCACUGGCUCUGGUCAGUCUUCCAGCAGUGGGACACACAAGUCAGGUUCAAGUCAGUCUUCUAGACAGAGAAGAAGGGGCUCUGGGUCUGGACAGUCUUCUCAUUUAGGUGGAUAUGGUUCUACAUCGGGACACUCUUCUGGCUCUACAGGACAAGGAUAUGGGCAAGGACAGUCAUCUGGUACUGGACAAUGUGGUUCUUCUUCAGGACAUUCAUCAAGCGGCAGCUCAGGUCAGUCCACUACCUAUGGCAAGCAUGGAUCAGGAGUGAGCCAGUCUUCCAGAAACAGCAGAAGCAGGUCAAGCUCAAGGGAGUCUUGCAGCUCCCAGAACUAUGGGUCUGGCACAGGAGGGUCUUCUGGCUUUAGUCAACAUGCAUCUGGGCAAAGUCAGUAUUCUGGUGGUAGCCAACAGGGUUCCUCCUCUGGACAAACAGAAGGUAGUCAUCAGCACAGCUCUUCCUGUGGUCAUUCAACUAGCCAUGGUCAGCAUGGCACUGGCUCUGGUCAGUCUUCCAGCAGUGGGACACACAAGUCAGGUUCAAGUCAAUCUUCUAGACAGAGCAGAAGUGGCUCUGGGUCUGGACAGUCUUCUCAUUUAGGGCAAUAUGGUUCUACAUCGGGACACUCUUCUGGCUCCACAGGGCAAGGAUAUGGGCAAGGACAGUCAUCUGGUACUGGACAAUGUGGUUCUUCUUCAGGACAUUCAUCAAGCGGCAGCUCAGGUCAGUCCACUACCUAUGGCAAGCAUGGAUCAGGAGUGAGCCAGUCUUCCAGAAACAGCAGUAGCAGAUCAAGCUCUAGGGAGUCUUGCAGCUCCCAGAACUAUGGGUCUGGCACAGGAGGGUCUUCUGGCUUUAGUCAACAUGCAUCUGGGCAAGGUCAGUCUUCUGGUGGUAGCCAACAGGGUUCCUUCUCUGGACAUGGACAACAUGGCUCUGGUUAUGGUCAGUCAUCCAGCUAUGGGACACACAACUCAGGGGCAAGUCAGUCUUCUAGCCAGCGUACAAGUGGAUCUAGGUCAGGACAGUCUUGUGGCUCAGGGAAAUAUGGUUCUGCAUCUGGAAACUCUUCUGGCUCUGGUAUGCAAGGAUCUGGACAAGGUCAUUCUUCUGGUAAUACACAGCAUGGCACAACAUCAAGACAGUCAUCAAGCUUUGGCUCAGGUCAGUCCUCUCACUCUGGCAAGCAUGGAUCAACUUCACGUCAUUCAUCGAGCCAAGAAAGGAACAGGUCUAGCUCAAGGGAGUCUUGUGGCUCCCAACAAUCUGGGUCUGGCUCAGGAGGGACUUCUGGCUUUAAUCAACAUGCAUCUGGCCAAGGUCAGUCUUCUGGUGGUAGCCAAAAGGGUUCCUUCUCUGGACAGUCAGGAGGUAGUCAUCAGCACAGCUCUUCCUGUGGUCAUUCCACUAGCUAUGGUCAGCAUGGCACUGGCUCUGGUCAGUCUUCCAGCAGUGGGACACACAAGUCAGGUUCAAGUCAGUCUUCUAGACAGAGAAGAAGGGGCUCUGGGUCUGGACAGUCUUCUCAUUUAGGUGGAUAUGGUUCUACAUCGGGACACUCUUCUGGCUCCACAGGACAAGGAUAUGGGCAAGGACAGUCAUCUGGUACUGGACAAUGUGGUUCUUCUUCAGGACAUUCAUCAAGCGGCAGCUCAGGUCAGUCCACUACCUAUGGCAAGCAUGGAUCAGGAGUGAGCCAGUCUUCCAGAAACAGCAGAAGCAGGUCAAGCUCAAGGGAGUCUUGCAGCUCCCAGAACUAUGGGUCUGGCACAGGAGGGUCUUCUGGCUUUAGUCAACAUGCAUCUGGGCAAAGUCAGUAUUCUGGUGGUAGCCAACAGGGUUCCUCCUCUGGACAAUCAGGAGGUAGUCAUCAGCACAGCUCUUCCUGUGGUCAUUCAACUAGCCAUGGUCAGCAUGGCCCUGGCUCUGUUCAGUCUUCCAGCAGUGGGAUACACAAGUCAGGUUCAAGUCAGUCUUCUAGACAGAGCAGAAGUGGCUCUGGGUCUGGACAGUCUUCUCAUUUAGGUGAAUAUGGUUCUACAUCGGGACACUCUUCUGGCUCCACAGGGCAAGGAUGUGGGCAAGGACAGUCAUCUGGUACUGGACAAUGUGGUUCUUCUUCAGGACAUUCAUCAAGCGGCAGCUCAGGUCAGUCCACUACCUAUGGCAAGCAUGGAUCAGGAGUGAGCCAGUCUUCCAGAAACAGCAGAAGCAGGUCAAGCUCAAGGGAGUCUUGCAGCUCCCAGAACUAUGGGUCUGGCACAGGAGGGUCUUCUGGCUUUAGUCAACAUGCAUCUGGGCAAAGUCAGUAUUCUGGUGGUAGCCAACAGGGUUCCUCCUCUGGACAAACAGAAGGUAGUCAUCAGCACAGCUCUUCCUGUGGUCAUUCAACUAGCCAUGGUCAGCAUGGCACUGGCUCUGGUCAGUCUUCCAGCAGUGGGACACACAAGUCAGGUUCAAGUCAAUCUUCUAGACAGAGCAGAAGUGGCUCUGGGUCUGGACAGUCUUCUCAUUUAGGGCAAUAUGGUUCUACAUCGGGACACUCUUCUGGCUCCACAGGGCAAGGAUAUGGGCAAGGACAGUCAUCUGGUACUGGACAAUGUGGUUCUUCUUCAGGACAUUCAUCAAGCGGCAGCUCAGGUCAGUCCACUACCUAUGGCAAGCAUGGAUCAGGAGUGAGCCAGUCUUCCAGAAACAGCAGUAGCAGAUCAAGCUCUAGGGAGUCUUGCAGCUCCCAGAACUAUGGGUCUGGCACAGGAGGGUCUUCUGGCUUUAGUCAACAUGCAUCUGGGCAAGGUCAGUCUUCUGGUGGUAGCCAACAGGGUUCCUUCUCUGGACAUGGACAACAUGGCUCUGGUUAUGGUCAGUCAUCCAGCUAUGGGACACACAACUCAGGGGCAAGUCAGUCUUCUAGCCAGCGUACAAGAGGAUCUAGGUCAGGACAGUCUUGUGGCUCAGGGAAAUAUGGUUCUGCAUCUGGAAACUCUUCUGGCUCUGGUAUGCAAGGAUCUGGACAAGGUCAUUCUUCUGGUAAUACACAGCAUGGCACAACAUCAAGACAGUCAUCAAGCUUUGGCUCAGGUCAGUCCUCUCUCUCUGGCAAGCAUGGAUCAACUUCACGUCAUUCAUCGAGCCAAGAAAGGAACAGGUCUAGCUCAAGGGAGUCUUGUGGCUCCCAACAAUCUGGGUGUGGCUCAGGAGGGACUUCUGGCUUUAAUCAACAUGCAUCUGGCCAAGGUCAGUCUUCUGAUGGUAGCCAACAGGGUUGCUUCUCUGGACAUGGACCACAUGGCUCUGGUUACGGUCAGUCAUCCAGCUAUGGGACACACAACUCAGGGGCAAGUCAGUCUUCUAGCCAGAGUACAAGUGGAUCUAGGUCAGGACAGUCUUGUGGUUCAGGGAAAUAUGGUUCUACAUCGAGAAACUCUUCUGGCUCUGGUAGGCAAGGAUCAGGACAAGGUCACUCUUCUGGUAGGAUACAGCAUGGCACAACAUCAAGACAGUCAUCAAGCUAUGGCUCAGCUCAGUCCUCUCACUCUGGCAAGCAUGGAUCAACUUCACGUCAUUCAUCGAGCCAAGAAAGGAACAGGUCUAGCUCAAGGGAGUCUUGUGGCUCCCAACAAUCUGGGUCUGGCUCAGGAGGGACUUCUGGCUUUAGUCAACAUGCAUCUGGGCAAAGUCAGUAUUCUGGUCGUAGCCAACAGGGUACCUUCUCUGGACAAUCAGGAGGUAGUCAUCAGCACAGCUCUUCCUGUGGUCAUUCAACUAGCCAUGGUCAGCAUGGCACUGGCUCUGGUCAGUCUUCCAGCUGUGGGACACACAAGUCAGGUUCAAGUCAGUCUUCUAGACAGAGCAGAAGUGGCUCUGGGUCUGGACAGUCUUCUCAUUUAGGUGAAUAUGGUUCUACAUCGGGACACUCUUCUGGCUCCACAGGGCAAGGAUAUGGGCAAGGACAGUCAUCUGGUACUGGACAAUGUGGUUCUUCUUCAGGACAUUCAUCAAGCGGCAGCUCAGGUCAGUCCACUACCUAUGGCAAGCAUGGAUCAGGAGUGAGCCAGUCUUCCAGAAACAGCAAUAGCAGGUCAAGCUCUAGGGAGUCUUGCAGCUCCCAGAACUAUGGGUCUGGCACAGGAGGGUCUUCUGGCUUUAGUCAACAUGCAUCUGGGCAAGGUCAGUCUUCUGGUGGUAGCCAACAGGGUUCCUUCUCUGGACAUGGACAACAUGGCUCUGGUUAUGGUCAGUCAUCCAGCUAUGGGACACACAACUCAGGGGCAAGUCAGUCUUCUAGCCAGCGUACAGGUGGAUCUAGGUCAGGACAGUCUUGUGGCUCAGGGAAAUAUGGUUCUGCAUCUGGAAACUCUUCUGGCUCUGGUAUGCAAGGAUCUGGACAAGGUCAUUCUUCUGGUAAUACACAGCGUGGCACAACAUCAAGACAGUCAUCAAGCUUUGGCUCAGGUCAGUCCUCUCUCUCUGGCAAGCAUGGAUCAACUUUACGUCAUUCAUCGAGCCAAGAAAGGAACAGGUCUAGCUCAAGGGAGUCUUGUGGCUCCCAACAAUCUGGGUCUGGCUCAGGAGGGGCUUCUGGCUUUAAUCAACAUGCAUCUGGCCAAGGUCAGUCUUCUGGUGGUAGCCAACAGGGUUCCUUCUCUGGACAGUCAGGAGGUAGUCAUCAGCACAGCUCUUCCUAUGGUCAUUCAACUAGCCAUGGUCAGCAUGGCACUGGCUUUGCUCAGUCUUCCAGCAGUGGGACACACAAGUCAGGUUCAAGUCAGUCUUCUAGACAGAGCAGAAGUGGCUCUAGGUCAGGACCGUCUUCUCAUUUAGGUGAAUAUGGUUCUACAUCAGGACACUCUUCUGGCUCCACAGGACAAGGAUAUGGGCAAGGACAGUCAUCUGGUACUGGACAAUGUGGUUCUUCUUCAGGACAUUCAUCAAGCGGCAGCUCAGGUCAGUCCACUACCUAUGGCAAGCAUGGAUCAGGAGUGAGCCAGUCUUCCAGAAACAGCAGAAGCAGGUCAAGCUCAAGGGAGUCUUGCAGCUCCCAGAACUAUGGGUCUGGCUCAGGAGGGUCUUCUGGCUUUAGUCAACAUGCAUCUGGGCAAGGUCAGUCUUCUGGUGGUAGCCAACAGGGUUCCUUCUCUGGACAUGGACAACAUGGCUCUGGUUAUGGUCAGUCAUCCAGCUAUGGGACACACAACUCAGGGGCAAGUCAGUCUUCUAGCCAGCGUACAAGUGGAUCUAGGUCAGGACAGUCUUGUGGCUCAGGGAAAUAUGGUUCUGCAUCUGGAAACUCUUCUGGCUCUGGUAGGCAAGGAUCUGGACAAGGUCACUCUUCUCCUAGUACACAGAGUGGUACAUCAUCAAGACAGUCAUCGAGCCAUGAAAGGAACAGGUCUAGCUCAAGGGAGUCUUGUGGCUCCCAACAAUCUGGGUCUGGCUCAGGAGGGUCUUCUGGCUUUAGUCAACAUGCAUCUGGGCAUGGUCACUCUUCUCUUAGUGGGCAACAGCAUUCCUCGUGUGGAGAGUCAUGUGUCAGUGGUCAGCAUGAAUCUAGUACUUUUUCCUCAUCUAGCAAUGGGCAAAGUUGUUCACCAUCCAGACAAAUACCAUUUUCCAGGCCUCCCCAUUGUAGCUCAGGUCAGUCACCUAACUGUGAUCAGCAUGUUUCUACUUCCUGGCAGUCCUCUAGCUAUGACCACCAAAGGCCUGGGUCAUAUCAUUCUUCCUCCUGUAGUAGUCAGGGGAAUACCUGUGGAGAUUCUUCCAACUUUGGCCAGUAUGGAUCUGGCUCAGUUAAUUGUUCUGGCUAUGGUAAUCAAAUAUCUAGUUCAUGUCAGUCUACUUACCCCCACUAUGGAUCUAAUAUAAAUCAAUCUUCUAGCUACGGACAGUCAUAUUCUCAUGGUCAGUGCAGAUCUAAUUCAAACCAAUCUUCCUGCUGUGGUCAACAAGGGUCUGGUUCAAGUCAGUCUUCUAACUAUGGCCAAUAUGAAUGUCCCUCGAGUCAUUAUUCUAGCCAGAGAAUACCUGCGGCUGGGUGUAAUCAGGGUUUUAGCUCUGAACAAUAUGGGUCUUGUUCAUAUCCCUCUUCUAUCUCUACUCAAAAUUGUCCCAGAUCUGGUCUGUGUCCUAGUUCACAACAAUACAGGUCUGAUUCACGUAACUCAUUUAGCUCUGGAUCAUGUGGUUCUGGAUAUGACCAAUAUUCUAGUUAUGAGCAACCUCAAUCAUAUGGGAGAUGUGGAAACCACUUGGAAUGUGGAAACCCCUCAAUUUGUAAUGAAAACCAACCAAUAAGUGUGUAUAGGCAAGUAGAAACCUCCUCAGCUUGUGACUUUGGACAAUUUACACCUCCACGUGGACACAGUAGAUCCCAUACUACUGGACAAUUGUCACUUUACAAUGCGGACAAUAGACAAGGUGACCCUGACUAUCAGAGCAUCAGGGAAGGAAACUCUGGAAUGAGAAAUAUAGGCUUGGGUUCUUACAGUUUCAAUAGCAGCACUCCCCUUUAUGAGUAUGUCCAAGAGCAGAGACGUUAA